UCGACGGACUCAGCAGAAGUUCGAGGCCGAUCAGAUGGAGAGGGUUGCCAGGUAUGCAGCGGAGCGUGGACUCGAUGUGCCCGGCACGGGUGGUGCAAGGGGAGGAGAGGCGGGGCGGCGUCCGGCGGAGGGAGGGGUCGGGGGAGAAUGUGGGCAUGGUGCGGUAGACCCCACUUUGGGUGGUGGAGGCGGUGAGACGGAGGAGGGCGUGAUCCACGUAGAUCGCGAGGCGCGUGGCCCGGGUGAGGAGGGAGUCCCGGAACGGGAGGACGUGCCAGAGUUUUAUCCAGGCACUGGGGAGAGGUUGGAGGACUGGUGGAGACGAGCAGGCAAGGGAGCUGCAACGGAGGGGUCCUCCAAGAGGAAGGAAGGAGGAAGUGAUCCGGCUGCCACCCCAGCAGGUAAAAGGCUUCACCAGCAGAAGGUGACUGAUGUCUAUGGUGGCGAGUGGGUUGCUCGCCACAAGAAGGCAUUCCUUCGCUGGCUGUAUUCCAACGGGGUCUCCUUCAAUGCCUUCCGCAACCAGGCAUGGAAGGCAUAUCAAAAGGUGCUUCUUGAGCAGUCUGGCAGUUCCCUGUGCGCAGUGCUACCCAACCACUGCGAGAUUGCGAGUAUGCGGGCGGUGGAGACCCACCGUGCGGAGUUGGCGAAGGAGUUGGAGGAGGUGAGGCAGCCAUUCUGGGUGAUUGGUGCCACCCUCCUCUCCGAUGGGAGGAAAUCACGAGACGGGAGACCGAUCGUGAAUUUCCUUGCUGCUGGCUCUCGAGGGGUCGUCGUGUACACGGCGAUCAAUCGAGAGGGUGAGGCGGACGAUGUAGUGCACGUCCUUCGGAGAUGGGUUACCAUCUUCCACGAGUUCAGCUUCUGCGGGCCGCAGCGGAUCAAUGCGAUAUGCACUUACUCCGCAUCUGCCUAUAUGGGGGCUGCGAGGGCAUUGACCUCGCCCUCCAUACCUCCUGGACUGAGGAGGAUCACUUGGCUCCCGUGCUCCGUCCAUGUCUGCAACAAAUUGUUGUCAGACAUGGGGACGAGUUGCGACGCGUUUGUGGACCCGAUCACACGCGCUCGUGUGCUGGUGGUGUUUUUCAAAACCCACCUGGCCGUCCUUCAUUUUUUUAGGACGCGCAACCCCGACAAGGGGCUUAUUCUUUCUUGCGAGACGCGGUUCGCGUCUGUUUACUCCAUGCUGGAGAGGCUGUUGGCCCUGCAGGACACUCUGCAGGACGUGAAGCGAGGGGACGACGCGCGGGCUUUUGCUUCCAUCCCGUGGUUCGCCGAUGUGUGCGUCAUGGCGCGUUGGUUCAUGCUCCUCAUGAUCGAGUGGACGCAGGAUCUUGUCCGCCGUGUCACGGUCGCAUGCACCUCUUUGGGGGAGUCGCUCGCCGAGCGGAUCAUCAGGCGUGUGCAGGCUCGCACACAGCACAUGCUUGAGCCGGCUCACUCCGCAGGGUUCUUACUGAACCCCCGCAGGCGACACUUUCGCUACUUUUCGGGGCAAGUAGAGCGGUACGAUGCUUGGCUUGUGGGGCAAGCCAAGAGGUACAUUCUGACGCAGAUGGGAUUCGAGUUGGAGGGUGUGGAGUACAUCCUUGCAUGUCGGCAGUUUGAGGACUUCCACAUUCAGCAGGGCAGGUUUGGGGAUUGGGGCGAGCCGGAGGGGCGUGCUCAUGGGCACGCGUGCAGCGGCGACAGCGAGACGAUUGAGUGCGCGUCUUGGUGGUCUCAGUUCGGGUCGGGCGCGCCAGAGUUGCAGCGUUGCGCUCUUCGGGUGAUGCACAUGUGGUCUUGCGCCUCUCCAGCAGAGAGGAACUGUGCAGUCCAUGAGGGCAUUCACACGACGAAGCGCAACCAGUUGGCCUUCGAGAAGGUCGUGCAACUCGUUGAGAUCACCGCAAAUUGGGACGAGGGCAUGCUGGAUUGCCAGGCAGGACUCGAGUUGGAGCCUAUGCGCUCGGGGACUCGCAGGGGGAUGACGGAGGAGGAGAUUGCUCGUCAGGUUGCACUUAUUACCCGGGAUCCCAUCCGGGCGUCCGCACCACCCUCGACUGAUGCCGUUUUCGAUAGACGUGAUUGCAUUUUUCGUCCCUACCCCAGGGAGGACGACUCAAGAGAGGAGCCGAUACCUGAGGCGGCAGAUGACCCUGCGCUCCGCAUUCCGCGGGAGAUCGACGAGAUGCACGAGGAUCCCGACUCCGAGGAGACGAGGGCACACACUACGCGACGGGCGGCGGAUCGGGCGGAGAGGGAGAUGCUGGGGGAGACGAGGACUUUUGGGGACCAUUCGCACGGCCUUGUCCACAAAGGCGGGGCAGUCCGCCAGCUUAGGUUACAAUCACCUUCCCCAGGGAUAUUGUCGGAGGAGGGGGCACCUUCGGCAGCAGCAGUGGAGAGUUCAGUGGCACCAGCGGCGGUGCUGGACAUGACGAUCGCAGCUGCGGUGGAGGAGAUAGCAGCUGCAGCAGCAGCAUCAGUGCUGGAGGAGAUGGUAGCAUCAGUGCUGGAGGAGGAUCCACCGGCGGCAGGAGGAGGUGCAGCAGUGGAGGGGCAGGUGCCAGCAGUAGGAGGAGCAGGUGGAGGAGCAGCAGCAGUGGAGGUUGAGGUGGCAGCGGCAGUGGAGGAGGAGGAGGCACCGUCGGCAGCUGUCGUGGAGGAGGAGAUAGCCGCACAGGCCGAGGUGCAGCGUGGGGGCGAUGAUGAGCGCCUCAUGCAGCAGUUCCUCACGGAGGAGCUCGAUCCGGCCAUAGCGGGUAUGACCCCGGGUGUGGCGAGGGGGGUUGGGAUUUCAGAUUCGGAGAUGGGGACCAACUUAGACUUAGAUUUAACGAUGGGCCUUCCACCUAGUUCCGGCGGGGCGACAUCGACAGACCGGGCUCCAUCGAGGGACGAGGCGCUAGGACAGACUUCGACGCAGACCGCGAGAGAGAGGACGACGACUGAGUCUCCAGAUGCAGCACGCGACAUCAUGGAGCGAGCGAGGGCUAGACUUUUGGCAUCGACUGACCCGCGUGCUCAGGCGUUCACACGGGCCGUAGAGGAGGCCAGGCGUCGAGAGAUAGGGGGGGAUUGUGUGCAGGGUGGGGUAGUGGCGGGGGAGGACGUUGCGGAGGGAGUGGCAGCAAAGCCGGUACCCGAGGCUAUGCCGGGUGGAGCAGAGGCAGCGGACGUUGCUGUGGAGGGACGGCCUCAGGCGGUGGAUGAGGCUGUUCAGGCAGGACAGCGGCGAGUCGAGGGGGCUAUAGACGCACGGCGCGAGGACGUGUGUGACACGACGAUAUUCGAGAGGACAGAUAUAGAUUUGGAUUCCACCCGCCGUGUCAUGGAGCACACUGCACGCCUUCAGCCGGGCUUGGGAGGAGGAGGCGUUAGGACGACCGCGGCGAGGGAAGUACCGGCAUCAGGUUGUGAGCCUCAACAAGGUCGUGGCAGAGGAGUGUCCACUGAGACCUUGGAGUACGCUCUGAGAGCAGCGACGCGUGUCGUGCAGGAGCAGAUUCCACGCAAGCGUGGAGUGCCUCCUCGUCCACGCCCCGUGCCUGCAGAGGGAGGCGCAGCACUUGGAGAGAGUUCGGGGGCGGAGGGGUUGGGGAUGCCUCGUGGAUCCCGCCGUGAGCAGACCAUUGCAGAGGCUAGUUCGAGGGUUGUUGUGUUGAGGAAGGGAGGAGGCCCAGUCACCAUCGAGGAGGAUGAUCCUACUACGGAUGCGGCUGUGCGGGAUGCGGACGAGGACUACGAGGGCGAGGAGUGGGGAGAGGAGGAUAGCAGGAGCGGUUCCGAUGGUGACGACGACGACGACUACGAUGAGCCCCCACCUUCCCCAGGACCCCCACCGAUGCGUGCAUCUAGACGCUCCGCUGCACGGACUUCUUCAUCCUCAUGAGGGAGGAAGAGGUCGGCAUCUGGCACUCGAGGGGGCACGAGGAGACACAGCGGGAAGGGGAAAAAGGGUCGUUGACCGAUGAGGCCAACACUC